AUGAAUAUCAACAUGUGGAAAGGUGACCCGCGCGCUGAAGCUUUGGCAGCAGAUGAAGUUAUUCGCUUAUUGAAUCUACAACUUCAUCCGGGUUGUACUCCUCAGUCUGGUGCAAACGAAAGUUACUUUGCAGAAGUCUAUCGAAGUAAUCACCCCGUUGGCAGCGAAACGCGAUCGACUGCUAGCCACAUAGUCUACAUGAUGAAAGACGGCGCAGUGUCAUUUUUCCAUCAUUUGGACGCCGACGAAAUGUUUCACUUCCACAUGGGCGAUCCGAUCACGAUUGUCGAGCUGAGCAAAGACGUUCCCGGACACACGAGAAAGACGAUUAUGGGUAAUGACAUCCGUGCUGGCCAAAGUUUGUUUCACGUUGUCAAGCUUGGUACUUGGUUUGGAAUUAUUGCAUCGGCUGAUGGUAGAGGAGGCUGGAGUCUUUUCGGUAUUUCGGUUACGCCUGCUUUCCAGCUUUCUGGAUCUAAGAGUGGAGUAAGGCGGGAGUUGAUGGAAGAGUAUCCAGAUGCUAGAGAUACAAUUCUCAAGCUGACUUGCGACAGUUGAGACUGGAGAACUUUCGUUAGCUGCUAGAGUUCAUGCAGACAAUGAAGUGUUUCCAAAACAUGUUUGUUUAUCUACGCGUCGAUUUGCAAAUGGAUAGUUAAUGAUUGAACUACAAUUCCAGUUGUU